AGCAAAUCCUCAUCCGAUCGUCGUCAUAAUCCUCGUUGUUCUUCAACAGAUCGCAACAGGUACGACCUAAUCUUCAAGCGUUAUUCAUGUGUAAAUAUGUAGUUUGUGCAUCGAUGUAUCGGUUCUGUUAAAAGAUUGUUGUUCCCUAGGGUUUUGGCUUUUGCAAGUUAGGUAUCAUACUCGUUCUCUUUAAGAAAAAAAGUUUCAGUGAAUAUUGAUUACCAAUAGAGCAGACAGAGAAAGAUGUGGGCAGCUUCUUGCCUGGCCACCUGUUGCGCAUCAUGUGCGUGCAGUGCAUGCCAGUCGGUGGUGUCAGGGAUUAGUCGUCGGUCUGCUCGUAUUGCAUACUGUGGUCUCUUUGCGCUUUCUUUGAUUGUGGCAUGGAUUCUAAGAGAAGUUGCUGCACCGCUCAUGGAGAAGAUCCCAUGGAUUAAUCAUUUCCACCAAACACCAGAUAGGGAGUGGUUUGAGACUGAUGCAGUUUUGCGAGUUAGUUUGGGGAACUUCUUGUUUUUCUCAAUUCUCUCUCUUUUAAUGGUUGGGGUGAAAACCCAGAAAGACCCACGUGAUAGUCUGCACCAUGGUGGAUGGAUGAUGAAAGUCAUCUGCUGGUGUCUUUUGGUAAUCUUAAUGUUUUUUCUCCCAAAUGAGAUCAUCAGCUUUUAUGAGUCAACAUCAAAAUUUGGCUCGGGCUUAUUUCUCCUUGUCCAAGUUGUACUCUUGUUGGACUUUGUUCAUAGUUGGAAUGACAAAUGGGUUGGAUAUGAUGAGCAGUUCUGGUAUGCAGCCUUGCUUAUUGUCUCACUCGUGUGUUAUGUGGCAACAUUCUUGUUUUCUGGACUUCUUUUCUACUUGUUUACCCCAUCUGGACAGGACUGUGGGCUCAAUAUGUUCUUUAUUCUGAUGACCCUGAUUCUUGUCUUCGUGUUUGCCAUUAUCACGCUACAUCCUACAGUAAGUGGCAGCAUUCUGCCGGCAUCUGUUAUUUCGUUCUACUGCAUGUAUCUUUGCUAUAGUGGACUCGCAAGUGAACCAAGGGAUUAUACUUGCAAUGGUCUUCACAAGCAUUCUAAGGCGGUUAACACCAGCACACUUACCGUUGGGUUGUUAACGACCGUGCUUUCUGUGGUAUACUCUGCUGUUCGUGCCGGAUCUUCUACUACUCUGCUUUCUCCACCGAGUUCACCUCGUGCAGGUGGUGAGAAGCCUUUGCUUCCGUUGGACAAAAGAGACGAGCAUGAAGAGAAAGAGAAGUCGAAGCCUGUUACGUACUCGUAUUCCUUCUUCCACAUCAUCUUCUCCCUCGCUAGCAUGUACUCCGCAAUGCUUCUCACGGGGUGGUCGACCUCGGUCGGGGAGAGCGGUCGGUUGGUGGAUGUCGGUUGGCCGUCGGUGUGGGUCCGUAUCAUAACCUCAUGGGCAACUGCUGGUUUGUUCAUAUGGUCAAUGGUUGCACCCCACCUCUUUCCUGAUAGGGAGUUCUGAGCCAAUUUGAAGUAAUUCCAACAAAUGUGAAUUUGAUUGAUAUAGUGUUUAAUAUAAUUGACGUGGAGGAUGGAUUAUACUUUCGAUUUUCGAAGUUUAUUUUGUGGUGUGAUUUUAAGUUUAAUAUGUGAAUAAAUCUUGAAAACCAUGUGAAAUUGUUUUGUGUUUUGUAUUGGUGA